CGUGUCUUUUAUUUAAAUACUUAUCUGACGGACAUUCACAAAGCUUUGGAGGGAAACCCUAGCGGCGGCGAGCUCGCUCUUUGGAUUCUUAGAUUCAAGAUGAAGUUCAACAUAGCGAAUCCUACAACUGGGUGCCAGAAGAAGCUCGAGAUAGAUGACGACCAGAAGCUACGUGCUUUUUAUGACAAGAGAAUAUCUCAGGAAGUCAGUGGAGAUGCUCUUGGCGAGGAGUUCAAGGGCUAUGUUUUUAAAAUCAUGGGAGGAUGCGACAAACAAGGUUUUCCCAUGAAGCAGGGAGUCCUUACGACAGGUCGUGUUCGUUUGCUUUUGCACAGAGGGACACCUUGCUUUCGAGGUUACGGUAGACGAAAUGGUGAGCGCAGGAGGAAAUCUGUUCGGGGAUGCAUUGUUAGCCCUGACCUUUCAGUUUUAAACUUAGUCAUUGUUAAAAAAGGCGAGAAUGAUCUUCCUGGACUGACUGAUAUUGAGAAGCCUAGAAUGAGAGGACCAAAGAGGGCCUCGAAAAUCCGGAAGCUUUUCAACCUCUCCAAGGAUGAUGAUGUUCGCAAGUAUGUCAACACUUACCGCCGGACCUUUACAACUAAAUCUGGCAAGAAACGCAGCAAGGCGCCAAAGAUUCAGAGGCUUGUCACUCCAUUGACGCUGCAAAGAAAGCGAGCCAGGAUUUCUGAGAAGAAAAAGAGAAUCGCCAAGGCCAAGUCUGAAGCUGCCGAGUACCAAAAGCUUCUCGCCUCCAGACUCAAGGAGCAGCGUGAUCGGAGAAGUGAGAGUUUGGCCAAGAGGAGAUCCAAGCUUUCUGCUGCCUCCAAGCCUUCAAUCGUUGCCUAAACAUUUCAUUCACCAAGUUACAUGAGCUUGUGCUCAUGGUUAAAGCUGUAUGACAGUUUCAGAUAACUCGACUGCUCCUCUGCUUAAGUUUUUCUUUAUUAUCUUUGAAUGAUUCAACCUAUUAUAUUCCCAAAA